GAUGAUGAAAUACAGAUAAAGUGAUCAGAAGACGGACACUUCGUUUACAGAUCCAGUUUUAUCUUAUAAAAGAUGCUGUUGGAUGAUAACAUGGACCAAAGCGUAAGGACAUCUCUGCUUGAUGUGCCUCAGAAAUGUGUUUGCGAAGGAUGCCACCUGGUCAUCCGUGAUAGAUACCUGCUUCGUGUGAGCGAGGGCUUCUGGCAUGAACACUGUGUCCAUUGUUCUGCGUGCAAAGAACCCCUCAAGAACAGCUGCUUUCUCCGAGACAACAAACUUUACUGCAAGCAGGACUACGAAAGCUUGUUCACAGUGCAGUGUGCCGGCUGCUCAGAGGUUAUCAGGCCUGCGGAGCUGGUGAUGCGUGCCCGUGAGGCGGUGUACCACCUGCGCUGCUUCUGCUGCUGUGUGUGCACCCGUCAGCUACAGAAGGGGGACCACUGUGUGCUGCGAGAGGGCCGACUGCUCUGUGCCCAGGACUGCGAGGGGUUUGCCAGCCCUGCGACCUCUGACUCCGGUAAAAGUGAUGGGGAUGAGGACGAUCCCCUGAGGACUCCCUCUGGGGGAAAUGACACUGAAGACAGAGAGCUCAAGCGUCCUAAGCGCCCCAGGACCAUCCUGACCACCCAGCAAAGACGGGCUUUCAAAGCUUCCUUUGAGGUCUCCUCCAAACCCUGUCGAAAGGUACGGGAGACUUUGGCAGCAGAGACAGGACUGAGUGUCCGUGUCGUACAGGUUUGGUUCCAGAAUCAAAGGGCAAAGAUGAAGAAACUCGCCAGGCGACAGCAGCAGCAGCAGCAACAACCACAGGAGAACAACAACCAAAAGCUUCGUUCAGCGCCCUCGUGUGGAAGCCUGAACCCAGACAUGGAUAGCCUGAGCUCGUACCCCAGCAUUCAGCAGCAAAUCAUCACUCUGGAGCAGCGAGCCUACAAGGCAGAUCCCUUCCGACAGGGCCUUACUCCACCUCAAAUGCCUGGGGACCACAUGCACCCUUACGGCAAUGAAUACAAUGGUAUGGACGGUGACUCUUUCUGUCAUCUCAGCGACUGCCUGUCCCCUCCAGACCCUUCUCUUCUCAACCCCAUUGACCGUCUGUGCUCCAUGCAGGAUUCCUACUUUGCCUCCUGAGUGCGCUUACCUGAUUCCUGGCUGCAAGCGCCUAAGCCAGCAUCCAAAACACUGCAUCCUGCUGCCAUCAGUCUGCACAGCAUGUCAAACGCGUCACAUGCAAGGAUACUCCAUGGUUGGUUAAUGCUUCAAUGUUUCUGCCCGUGUAGCAAUAUGCAAAAUGGGGUUAAGGAGGUCUCACACCUCUUCUGACCGUGGUCUCUGUGCAGUCAGAAUUGCAUGAUAGGAAAAUGUCUAAAAAAGUAUGGUGCUCCGUGAAUAUGUACCAUGUGGUGUAAAUAAAUUCUCAGUGUAUUUAUUAACGUCAUGGUUAGUUGCAGGUGGAUUAAACAUGAUUGUAUCUGUAAAUCGUUAAUACUGUGCCGAGUAAAAGUAAUGUUGGUCCGAUGUGCACUGGAGAGCCGCAUUGAAAAAUGGAUUCUGCCCUUAGAAGAGUGCUCUGCAGUGGGAUAUUGGUAUAGUGAAAUGAAGGAACCUGUAAUGGCAGUCAAGUAUUCUUCCCAUUGGCAAAUCCCGUUGGUGUCACCAGACAGCAGGGGAGCUGUGGUGGUCUGGUCACAGUCGGACAAGCACGGCAGGCCCAGAAUCCGUCAAGGCAGGUAACCUAAUGCCUGGCCAGCAAUGCACCAGGUGGCUCUAUGUGACAGACGGGGAGAAUGGAGGGGCUAGAAGAUGGCCGGUACAACAUUGAGACAGAGUCCCAGCAUCUUUCCCCUGGUGUGUCUAUUCUUCACACUGGA